AUUGUCCGCCACGGGCCACCGUAGCUCCUCCAGCCGGCGAACAUGGCGGCCGCCGAGUCCAGGCAGCCUCCGGGGCCGGGUUCGGAGAGCGAGGACGAGAACAUCCUUUACGACCUGUUAGUCAACACGGAGUGGCCGCCAGAGACGGAGGUGCAGCCCAGAGGCCCCAGAAAACACGGCGCGUCCUUCGUCAUCACAAAAGCGAUCACAGGCCCUCUGCACUUCCUCUGGCAAUACAUCUGGUACAGCCCUACGACGUUUUUGCUCCCUGAAGGACUGGUUCGUUUGAUCAAUAAGCAGAUCAACUGGCAUUUAGUGCUUGCCAGCAACGGGAAGCUCCUGGCCGCUGUCCAGGACCAGUGCGUGGAGAUCAGGUCUGCAAAGGACGAGUUUACAUCUAUCAUCGGGAAAUGUCCAGUUCCCAAGGAUCCUAGCCCUCAGUGGAGACGGGUGGCAUGGAGUUAUGACUGCACGCUGUUGGCUUAUGCCGAGAGCACGGGCACCGUCAGGGUGUUUGACCUCAUGGGCAGCGAGCUCUUCGUCAUCCCCCCGGCCUCCACUUGUCCCCGGGAUCUCAGCUGUGCCAUUGCGGGGUUGAUAUUUCUAGAGUACAAAGCCAGUGCCCAGUGGUCCGCGGAGCUGCUGGUCAUUAACUACCGAGGAGAGCUGAGGAGCUACCUCGUGAGUGUGGGCACCAACCAGAGCUACCAGGAGAGUCACAGCUUCAGCUUCAGCAGUCACUACCCCCAUGGGGUCUGCACCGCCAUCUACCAUCCAGGCCACAGGCUUUUGCUGGUGGGAGGCUGUGAGACCGAUGAAGUGGGCACUCCGCAUGCCCGUGCCUGGGGUCUCUCUGCUUGGAGAGUCCUGUCCGGAUCGCCAUAUUACAAGCCGGUCAGCAGCAGCGGAGAUGGCCUUGCCGUGGCACCAAAGACACUGGGACUGCUGAGGAUUUUCAACGUGAAGCUCUACGGCCGACAGGGGCAAGAGCAGGAUGGGGUCUACAAGAUGAGCCUCUCCCCCGAUGGGACGAUUCUGGCUGCCAUUCACUUCUCAGGGAAGCUGAGCUUCUGGAGCGUCCCGUCUCUCAAACAGCUGGGGCAGUGGCGUCAAGAGGAGCAGCCAGGUUAUGAUGAAAUCAACCCCAGUUGGAGACUCUCUACUGAGAAAAGGAAAAAAAUAAAAGAUAAGGAAUCCUUUUAUCCGCUGGCAGACGUGAGCUGGUGGGCAGGCCACGCCGUGACCUUGGUGCGCUGCUCGGGUGCCUUGACGGUGUCAUCUGUGAAAACCCUGAGGAAUUUGCUGGGGACAUCCUGUGAGUGGUUUGAACCGUGCCCCCAGGUCACUGCUGCUCACGAUGGAGGAUUUUUGAGCUUGGAGUGUGAGAUCAGGCUGGCUCCGAAGAGAUCCCGUCUGGAGAGCAGGCCCGAGGAAGAAGAGGAGGGAGACGGGGAUUCCGACUCUGAGGAUGGAACGUCUGCCAAGGCUCGAUACUUCGGUUACAUCAAGCAAGGCCUCUACUUUGUGACUGAGAUGGAGCGCUUUGCUCCGCCUCGCAAGCGCCCUCGGACCAUCACCAAGAACUACCGCCUGGUGAGCCUGAGGUCCACCACUCCCGAGGAGCUCUACCAGCGCAAGAUUGAGAACGAAGAGUACCAGGAAGCCCUGUCUCUGGCUCAGACCUAUGGGCUGGAUACUGACCUCGUCUAUCAGAGGCAGUGGAGGAAGUCCACGGUCAACAUCGCUUCUAUUCAGAAUUACUUGAGUAAGAUUAAGAAGCGUUCUUGGGUCCUCCACGAAUGUUUGGAAAGAGUCCCUGAGAACGUCGAGGCGGCAAAGGAGUUACUUCAGUACGGCUUAAAGGGCACAGACCUGGAGGCUCUUGUGGCCAUCGGGAAAGCGGAGGACGAUGGCAGGUUUAUCUUGCCCGGGGACGCCGACAUUGCUGAGCUGCCCUAUGAGGACCUCCUAUCACCGGCGGAGGACGUUGAUGCCACGAGGGAGAGGGGGCUCAGAAAGAGGCAGGAGCUGCUCCACUUAGUGAACUUUUCACAGUUAACGCUGGAGCAGAAGGAGCUGUGUCGGUGCAGACUGAAGUUACUGACCUACCUGGACCGGCUGGCCACAUACGAGGAAAUCCUGGGAGCGCCCCAGGCAGCCGAGCAGAGCUAUGAUGCCGCAUUCUUCAAGAAGUUCAGAAAUCAGAAUAUUGUUCUCUCAGCAAGAACCUACGCCCGGGAGAGUAACGUCCAGGCCUUGGGCAUCCUGUUCACGUACCACGGCGCGGAGCUGCUGGCCCAUCGCCUUGCCAUCCUCUCCAACUUCCCAGAGACCACUUCUCCGCACGAGUACGCGGCCCUGCUCCCGGAAGCUCGUUUUGCUGCUGGUUCCUUGACCAUCAUCCCGUGGCAUGAACAGAAACACCGGGAUAAGGAUUGGUGCGAGGAGCUGGAAUGCAAAAUGGUGGUGGAGCCGAGUCUCCAAGAUGAAGGUGGGUUCUUGUACGAAGCGCAGCCUGAAUUAUUGAAGUACCGGACCUCCAGCCCUUCCAUCGACUUGGUCACCCAGUGGUACUGCGCUCGGGGAGAGGAGAUUGAGCACUGUGCCCGGCAGGUGGAUUGUGCCUUGUCCCUCAUCCGCCUCGGGAUGGAGAGGAACGUUCCUGGCCUGCUGCGCCUCUGUGAUGACCUGGUUACCCUGGAGACCUUGGUCUACGAAGCAGGCUGCGACCUCACGCUCACCCUGAAGGAUCUCCAGCAGAUGCAGGCCAUUGAGCAGCUGCGGCUGCUGAUGGAAAGCUCUUCAGAGGAGAAGUACGUGACUAACGCCUACCAGUGGAUGGUGCCCUUCCUUCACCGGUGGGAGAAGCAGUCCCCGGGUGUGGCCAGCCAGCUGCUCAAAGACUAUGUGGUGACUCUGGCCAGGGGGGACCUGAGGCUCCCCCUGAAGAUAUUCCAGCAUUCUAAACCGGAUCUUCAGCAGAAAAUCAUCCCGGACCAGGACCAGCUGAUGGAGGCUGCCCUGGAGUGUAUCUAUACUUGUGAGCGGGACGACCAGCUCUCCUGUUGCUACGAUAUUCUAGAAUGCCUUCCUCAGAGAGGAUACGGUCCGAAAACCGCAGUGACAGCUGCUCUCCACGACAAGGUGGACCAGCUGGAGCAGAUUCUCAGUGUGUCCGAGCUUCUGGAGAAGCAUGGGCUGCAGAAACCCAUUUCGUUCGUAAAAAACACCCAGGCACAUGCUGAGGAGGCCCGGAAGCUGAUGGUCCGACUGACCAGGCACACCGGACGCAAGCAGCCCCCGGUCAGUGAGUCUCACUGGAAGAUGCUGCUGCAGGAUAUGCUGGCUAUGCAGCGGACGGUCUACACCUGCUUGGAACCAGAGGCUUGCUAUGAGAUCUUCACCGAGAGCCUCCUGUGCUCCAGCCACCUGGACACGAUCCUCUUGGCGGGCCAGAUGAUGCAGUGCAGUGCUGCCGGGAGCGGCCCCCACAAAGGGAAGGCUCCCUUCAGGGUCAGCUACGAGAAGAGCGUGGCCUUGGUGUUGGCCGCCAGCCGAGAGUACUUCAACUCUUCCACCAGCCUCUCCGACAGCUGCAUGGACUUGGCCAGGUCCUGCUUGCAGCUGAUCACAGACUGUCCCAGCGCCAUUCAGAAGGAGCUUGAUCUCAUUCGUGCCCUCGGGCACCUUGAAGAGUUUGGGGUAAAGAGCCUGCCUUUGCAAGUGCGCCUGUGCCCGGAUCGCCUCAGCCUCAUCAGGGAAUGCAUUGCCCAGGCCCCGACCUGCUACAAGCAGUCCACCAAAGUCCUGGGACUGGCCAGCCUGCUGCAGGUAGCAGGUGAGGACCACCAAGAAAGGAAGGGGCAGGUUUUGGUGCUUUUGGUCCAACAAGCUCUUCACUUCCAGGACUACAAAGCGGCGAGCAUGCACUGUCAGGAGCUGAUGGCGACAGGCUACUCUCCAAGCUGGGAUGUCUGCAGCCAGCUGGGGCAGUGCGAAAACUUCCAGGACUUGGCUGCUCGCCAGGAGCUCAUGGCUUUUGCCCUAACACAUUGUCCUCCCAGCUCCAUUGAGGGUCUUCUGGCAGCAAGCAGUUCUCUCCAGACAGAAAUUCUGUAUCAGAGGGUGAACUUCCAGAUGUAUCCGUCAGAAGGAGGAGAAAACCCGAAUGUUUCCAUCUUACCAGCACAGUGUCUUAACAAGGGGCCUCUGGAGGAUGAGGCCGGCCUCCCUACCAGCCACUCGGGGGAUCUGCUGCACUGGACCACGGCCACCACCAUGAAGGUCCUCUCGAACACCACCACCACCACCAAGGCUGUGCUACACGCCGUCAGCGAUGGGCAAUGGUGGAAGAAGUCCUUGGCGUACCUCCGACCUCUGCACGGCCAAGACUUUGGUGACAUUUAUGGCAGGGGAGCAGGUGCCAACGCGGGCCUGGAGAAGCAAGGCUGCCAUCCAUUCUACGAGUCUCUCCUGGCCAGUCCCUUUGUCUCCGAGUCUGAAGUGACCUAUACUACGUACCAGCACAUCGCGGCCGAGAGCUUCGCAGAGGUCUUGCUGAGAACGGGGAAAUUAGCGGAAACCGAGAAUGAGGGAGAUGGAGGAUUUCCCACAACGGACGUUCUCUUACAGCUGGCCAGCGAUGCUUUCCCACAUGACAUGACCUUGGCCUUGGCUUACCUGCUUGCCCUGCCCCAGGUGAUCGAUGCCAACAAAUGCCUUGAGAAGCAGCCGCAGUCGGCCUUGUCUCUGCAGCUGGCCGCUUACUAUUACAGCCUGCAGAUCUACUCGCACUUGGUCCCCUGUUUCCAGGACAGAUGUCAUCCCCUCUACAGGGCCAAUCCCAGCGAACUCAUCCAGAUGGUCACCAAGCAUGUCUCUGAGCGGGACGGCCAGGCCUGGCCCGAAGACCUCGGGGCGCUGGUGCAGCACCUGGGCUUCUACCACGAGCGACUCCUGGAUCUCACCCAGGCCCAGCUGCUCCAGGGCCUGCGCAAGGGCGUGGACGUGGCCCGCUUCACCACAGAUGACCAGUACAAGAGAGAGACCAUCCUCGGGCUGGCAGAGACACUUGAGAACAAUGUCUACGGCAUCGCGCUGUCUUUGGCCCAGCGGUAUAACGUGCCACGUUGGGAAGUUUACAUGACUCACCUGGAGUUCCUGUUCACCGACAGUGGCUUGUCCACGGCCGAGAUAGAAGGCAGAGCCCACACCCUGGGGCUCUUCGAGACCUUGCAGGCCGAGCCGGCCGUCUUCCAGGAGCGCAUGGCCAAGUAUGUGUACCCAGCCAUCGGGGGCACCGAUCACGAAAGGCUGCUCUACUUCUUCACUCUCCUGGCAACCUGUGGCUGCCCGGGCUUUGGCAAACGUGCCAUCCCGCCAGAUACGCACGUUCGGCUGCUGAAGAAACUCAAGGUGGUCGCCCCAGGUCUGAAUUACAAGAAGCUGACCGACGACAAUGCCAGUCCUCUGGACGCCCUGGAGCCCGUCCUUACCAGUCAGAACAUCCUCUCCAUUUCCAAGCUGGCUUCCAAAAUCCCUGAACCGGACGGCUCCGUGCUCUCCCCAAGUGCCCUCUAUACCGUCUGGCUGCAAAAGCUGUUUUGGAGGGGUGACCCUCAGCUCAUCAAGAAGGCCCCCGAGUCCGUCCCAGAGUGGCUCCACGCCUAUGAUGCAUGCGCCAAGUACUUUGAUCGCCUCCUCCCGGGUGACCUCCUCACCGUGUUGGACGCCAUGACGUUUUCUCCAAAGGCCGUGACCAAGCUGACAGUGGAUGCCCGCACAGAGAUGACGAGGAAGGCGGUUGCUUCCCUUAAGCAUUUUAUUGAGAAGCGGAGGAAGAGAAAUCUGGAGCAGGAUGCGGAGGACCCCGCUGCUUCCCCCGCCCACUAUGAGGAUGCCCUGAGCCACCUGGAGCAGUCGCUCGCUCACCUGCAGACCCUCCAGCACAGCUUCAUCACAUCCCUAAAGAGCAGCGAGCAGGACCAGCUGCGGCGCUAUGCUGACUUCUAUGACCUCUCCCGGUCCGAGAAGGCCAAGGUCCAGGAGCAGGCCGUUGCCAUGUGUCUGGAUGGGCAGCCCUUGGCGAUGGUGCAGCAGCUGCUGGACGUGGCCGUCGGCCCCUUGGACCUCUCCACCAAGACGGUCGUCCACGGUGCGGUUAUGCGCGUGCUGUCUCUGUUGAGUGGGGGUAGCCCUGACCCGCCUGUGCCCGGCGACCCGCUCCAGGUUCUGGAGAGCAUCAUCUCAUCGGUGCAUGCAAGCGUGGAAAAGGGAGAAAAUCUCCUUUCGUCCGAUGACCUGCUGGAGUGGUUCCGGCCCUUCUGUGCCGAUGAUGCCUUGCCGGUCAGGCCGCGUGUCCAGGUCUUGCAGAGCAUGGAGUGCUCCUUCCAUCUCACGGACGAGGACAGGAAACUCCUGGUGUUCUCCCGGACGGGAGCCAUCGUCAAGGCCAUGUGGCCGCAGACACAGGUCACCCUCGCCGACAUCGAGAAUGAAGAGAGACGCUCUGCUCUCUUCUCAUCUCUCCUCGAGGCCAGUCAUCGGCAGGAGGAGUUUCAGCACUUGGCUUUGCUCCUGCAAGCUUGGCCCCCCGUGAAAAGUACCGACCUGAGCAGCAAGGACCAUAAUCCCUGGAUGAAACUCGCUGCAGUGAUGCUGUCCAGGUGCUCUGACGAGAACAAGGACGCCACGGGCAAGGAUGUACUGGCGUUCUGCCGCUCCUUGUACCACACCCCGCAGAUGCUUCCCCUGCAGGGUGUGAAGGAGCUGGCCUCGCUGCUGCUUAGCCGGUCCCUCCUGCUCCCAGCCCUGAAGCUUCUCGUGGAAAGCCAGGAUGCAGCCCUCCAUGCCGAGGCACUGGAGCACCUCGCCGCUGUGGCCCAGGUGGAUGACUUCAGCUGUGACCCCGAGCUUCUCUCUCUGCUCCUGGAUGCCAAGUUGGUGGCGAGAUGUAUUUCCACUCCCUUUUAUCCCCAUCUCAUCAAUCACCUGUUGGCCCACCAAGAGGAUGGUCGUUGGUCUGUGGAUGAGAUAGCACUUCAACUGCGGGAGGCCGGCCACAGCAUCGAGGCUGGCUCCCUGCUGCUGGCCUCGCGGAAGAUCUACCCUGCCCUUUGCACCUUCAGUGCCGCCCUUAGCACUGCUCGGCACUGGAUCUGAAGAGUCUCCCGUCCAGGGCUGAUGCCUGUCCCCAGCCAAUGGAACACUUCUCUUUGAGACAAAUCCUAUCGCCAGAAACUCUGUAAUCCUGUUAACUGUCCUGUCCCCUCCCCUCGUCACUCCCCCGUCCCUGAAAUAAAGCAGUAUGUCCCCAGUGCACCUGGGGUGGUACCUGG